UACCGAUUGGCUUUGAGGAAUGGGCGGGGCUGCUGCCUCCUGUCCGGCUUCCCAUAGGUGAAGGAAAGUUAAGGUGGGCCCCCAGCGAGAUUUUUGUCCCGGGUCGACGAGGACAGUCCUGGGGAUUUUUUUUCCCCCCCCCCUGCUUUGGAGGCCCCGGGCUCAAGGCAAAUUAUAAGUGGGAAACCAAUUGGAAGGAAAGAAAUUUGAACCGAGUUAAGGUGCCAGAAAGAGAAGCAGCCCUAUCUGAAGUCUGCAUCUGCCGCUGACAAACUUGGGGGGGGGGGGGGGGGCUGUGUUAAGGGAAGGGGGUUCAGCAAGCACAGGUAGAGAAGAGGCCGGUACUGCCCCAACAGGCCAUCAGAGAGCGGCAAAAUGAUGGAGGGCACUAGAAAGAAGUCACUCUAGAGACAAGAGAGGACUCUUGGAAGCCGAGAAGGCUUUGAGAAGUCCUUUCCGGACUGAGCCGUCGCCGGAGGCCCCUGGCGGCCCGCCCGCGCACAGAGGUCCACGAUGGGCCUGCUCCAGGGCCUUCUCCGGGCGAGAAAGCUGCUGCUCGUUAUCUUCGUGCCGCUGCUGCUGCUGCCUCUGCCCAUGCUCCACCCCAGCAGCGAGGCCGCGUGUGCUUAUGUGUUGAUCGUGACUGCUGUGUACUGGGUGUCUGAGGCGGUGCCCCUCGGAGCUGCAGCCCUGGUGCCUGCCUUCCUUUACCCAUUCUUCGGAGUCCUCCGAUCCAGUGAGGUGGCCGCCGAAUACUUCAAGAACACCACGCUGCUGCUGGUGGGUGUCAUCUGCGUGGCAGCUGCCGUGGAGAAGUGGAACCUGCACAAACGCAUUGCUCUGCGCAUGGUCAUGAUGGCCGGAGCCAAGCCGGGCAUGUUGCUGCUCUGCUUCAUGUGCUGCACCACACUGCUCUCCAUGUGGCUCUCCAACACGUCCACCACCGCCAUGGUGAUGCCCAUCGUGGAGGCCGUGCUGCAGGAGCUGGUCAGUGCCGAGGAGGAGCAGCUCGUGGCGGGCAACUCCGGCGCCGAAGAGGCCGAGCCCAUCAGUCUCGAUGUAAACAACAGUCAACCCUCCCUGGAACUCAUCUUUGUCAAUGAAGACACGUCGACUGCAGACUUCACUUCUCUGAUGCAGGACAAGAACCUGAAUGGGGUGCCCCCAAUCACCAACCCUGUCAAAAUGGCAAGCCCCCAGGGCAAGAAGCAGCACCGAUCCCAGGAAAAGCCACUAGUCCUGAUUCCUGGGCCCAGGAACCAGGAGCUCAACAGAAAGUACAAGUCCCAGCGUGACCAGAUGAUCUGCAAGUGCCUGUCUCUGAGCAUAUCUUACGCCGCUACCAUUGGGGGCCUGACCACCAUUAUUGGUACCUCCACCAGCCUCAUUUUCUUGGAACACUUCAACAACCAGUACCCAGCUGCAGAGGUGGUCAACUUCGGCACCUGGUUCCUCUUCAGCUUCCCCAUCUCCCUCAUCAUGCUGGUGGUCAGCUGGUUCUGGAUGCACUGGCUGUUCCUGGGCUGCAAUUUUAGAGAGACCUGCUCUCUGAGCAAGAAGAAGAAGACCAAAAGGGAAGCGUUGUCAGAGAAGAGGAUCCAAGAGGAAUAUGAAAAGCUGGGAGCCAUUAGCUACCCUGAAAUGGUAACCGGAUUUUUCUUCAUCCUGAUGACCGUGCUGUGGUUUACCCGGGAGCCUGGCUUUGUUCCUGGCUGGGAUUCUUUCUUUGAAAAGAAGGGCUACCGCACGGAUGCCACAGUCUCCGUUUUCCUCGGCUUCCUCCUUUUCCUGAUCCCGGCAAAGAAGCCUUGCUUUGGGAAGAAGAGUGACGGGCAGAACCAGGAGCCCUCCCGGGGGACGGAGCCCAUCAUCACCUGGAAGGACUUCCAGAAGACCAUGCCCUGGGAGAUUGUCAUUCUGGUGGGAGGAGGCUAUGCUCUGGCUUCAGGCAGCAAGAGCUCUGGCCUCUCCACAUGGAUUGGGCAUCAGAUGUUGUCUCUGAGUAGCCUCCCACCGUGGGCCAUCACCCUGUUGGCAUGCAUCCUGGUGUCCAUUGUCACAGAGUUUGUGAGCAACCCAGCCACCAUCACCAUCUUCCUGCCUAUCCUAUGCAGCCUGUCUGAAACGCUGCACGUUAAUCCACUCUACACCCUGAUCCCAGUCACCAUGUGCAUCUCCUUUGCAGUGAUGCUGCCCGUGGGCAAUCCCCCCAACGCCAUCGUCUUCAGCUAUGGGCACUGCCAGAUCAAAGAUAUGGUGAAAGCUGGCCUGGGGGUCAAUGUCAUUGGCCUGGUGAUCGUGAUGGUGGCCAUCAACACAUGGGGAGUUAGCCUCUUCCACUUGGACACUUUUCCAGCCUGGGCUAAGGUCAGUAACCUCACUGAUCAGGCCUGACACAAGCGGGCACACAGCCCAGCCAGAGGAGCUACGAGCGCUGAACAGGAUCUGACCAAGAAAGCUGCCAGGAGCACACAACCCCCACCAGAAGAUUCCACAGCCUGCCACCCCAGGUGACGAGCAGGAAGCCUCCGAUGCUGGGACGUUAGUGCCUUCUUCUCCGCCCUCCUUCCUCAGCACUGUAGUUCAGGAAAACCUAGCACUGUUCUCAUGUCCUGUAUCUUGGGCUCUCCAGGUCUUUCUGAGGACAGGAAGAGCAGAAAGGCUGACUCAGUCGCCCCUCAGAGGCUAACUAAGCCUCACAAACUAGCCUCACUGGCUUCCAUGUUAUUCUUAAUACCUUAACCCCUUUUUAGGAGUUGGAGGAGAAAUCAAAUCAUCCCACCUGUGUAGUCACAUCUCCUCUUUCGGAGGAAAAUCUUCCCCCGGAACUUUCUCCUCAGCGUUUCUAUCCUAAGUUCUCACCACAAAAAGGCGAUCUUGGCAAGUCCUCUUUGUGGCGAUCAGUACUCUUUUCUCACUACUCUGAUUCCCUUCUAAGCAUCUCCCUUCAAUGGCUUCUCUUUACCCUUGGCACCAAAUUCCCAUAAAGAAAUAGUGUCCCCCUUUAGAAAGAGGCUUGUACUGUUCUCUUUGUCCAAGGAAAAAGAAGUAGAGACAGAAGACACACGGAAAUCAGUACAGGUAUCCCCGGCUUUUCAAAAGUUCUGGUUACGCCGCUUUGCUUUUACAAAAGACCUACAUGAGUACCUGUUUUGGCUAACCGGAGGAAAUCUGAAGAGGAUUUUUGGAUUUCCGAGAAGAGUCCAAGUAGUGUUCAGUGGUUUUGCGGCGAGCCCUUCGAGGGGCAGUGCGCAACCUGAGCAACUGGAGUGGUGCCACUGGGUCGCCUCCCGGGGAACUGCACCCAGCGUCUCUGCACGGAGCCGCUGGAGCUGCGAGCUGCACCUGCGAGCGUCUGUGCUGUAUGCCCAUUUACUUUGCACACCCGUCAGCAAGAAGUUCCUAAGGUAUCAGGGAAGCCUAAGAGAGGUUAUUGCGGAGGUCUGGAAAUGCUCAAACGUCUUUCCAUAGAAAUGAAUGGCAAUUGCCUCUUCGCUUUAUGUCAUUUUGGCUUACGGAAGGUUUCAUAGGAAUUCUCUACUUUUGGAGAGCGGGGCGGGGGUGGGGAGGGGGCACCUGUCUCUCUCUUCGCUUUCCACUAAUCAUCAAUACCACUGCAUUGGGUGAGUUGGGAGGGAGAAAAAACUUCCAUACCUGUCUUAUUAAAAAGGCCAAAACUAUCAUUAAGACCACAGUGCUAUUAGCGAUAUCUGACUGGCUUUCUUUUGGAUGUAAUGAGUAGUUUGUUCCUGAGAAAGCAAGUACAGAAGGCCUCACACACCAGCGACUUCCUACAGGGAGCCCCUCGAGGGGAGAGACGUCUUCUGUCUCUUCAAGUCCCCCGCAACUCAUACGAUAUAGUAAACUAACUACCUAAUAAAUGUUUCCUGUGAGAAAAAAUCACUUUGGAAAUCAAGGCCUCCUUCUUCCUCUUGAAAACCAGGCCGUUUUCUCCACGACAGAUGUUCCUGCUCGAUGACUGGAUAUAGCUCCCAAUCCCCCUGGCUUGGAGACAUUACAUAGUUUUGAUUUCUACCACCAGUUACUUGCUAAGUAGGUCUUACUGGAAAAGGUACACCCUGGAGCUGCUACAUUGUUUUACUUGAUUUUAAGUUAUUACUGACAUCAUGGGUGGUUUCCCCACAACAAUAACUUACCAGUGAAGUCGCUCUCUUAGUUUAUCAAGGGUCUGUGAAUUAUAAGAUUUCUUUUGUGCCGGUCAGCACUUGUGUGCUCUGACCACAACGAAACUGACAGGAUUUAACCGCGGAUAUUACUGCUUCUUCUGCAUCAAUGAGCUUAGGCCACAUUAUGUGACUAGUGAUAAAAAUAAAGACCUCCUGAGCCCAAAUAAAAUCCCAGUGUAAUAUA